AUGGACAGUCACAUGCCUCAAGCCGACGCCUUUUUGAUGAUGUCGAUUGCGAGGGCCUCUCGCGCGUUCAGCGAAAGAUUGACAUGCGGUAGCAUUGGAAGAUGCAAGUCAUCGACCGCCAUCAAGUCAAUGUCGACUUUCCGACGAACCAGUCUGGACGGCCGUCACGAGGGCGUUGGUCUAUCAGAACAGAGCUCUCCGGGACGGGAUGUUGCAUUGCAGGUUCCUGACAAAACUUCAUUGCUUCCACAUGUCAUCCAAAGCGAUGGCGGUGCAUUUUGCAUGUGGUUGACGCUGCCCAGGGCUCACAGUGAUACACGGCCAGCAACAUCCCUCGCAACGUGGACCAUAUACCCCAACGCCCAGAGACAUCUUGUCGCCCGCAUACCCAUGUGA